CUCUCAGAAUUCAAUUGUGUUUGCUGUGCAUAGUAUGGCUGAUACCGUCCUUAUCUUCAUCCCCUCUCUUAUACAGACAAUUGCCAAGGCAAUUACUCCAAUUCAAGCUGUUACCGAAGGCGACGUUUGCGGGUUCAAAGCAACUGCAAUUCAAGUUGAUACCGGCCUCAUCCCCCCUUUCACACUAGCCAGCCUUGCACCUGGUCUGCAGGAGAAGUUUGCGGCUCUUGCUCAGUUGCUAACUGAAAUUCAAGCUGCUGCCGAAGGCGCUGAGGAAAUGCAAGAAAUUGAUCCGGCCCUAAAGCCUUGGCUGCAGGAGCUCAAAGAUGCAGUUUAUGAUGCGGUGGAUUUACUGGAUGAGUGUGGUUAUCGUGUUCUUGAGAUGAAAAAUGAGAAGCCAGGCCUGAAGCUGGAGCCCGAAAAGGUGGAUGGAAAAUUAUCAGAGAUUAAUGGAUCUUUAGCUGAAAUUAGAAAGGAGGUAGACUUUAUUAAUCUGAAGAUCAAAUUUAGAAAGCAAAAACUUGCAUCUGCUAGGCGCCCAUAUCAUAAGAUAGUCCCCAUUCUUGAAAGUUCGGAAGUUGUUGGAAGGGAAGAUGAUGUCUCAAAAAUGGUUAGCCAGUUAGAUGAACUGAGGAGUAAACAUCCAAUCUCUGGCAUUUCAAUAGUAGGUGUGGCAGGUGUUGGAAAAACAACUGUAGCAAGAUUAAUUUAUAUGAAGGCGGAGGAAGAAGAGCGCUAUGAUGUAGUAGCUUGGGUUUGUGUAUCUGAGGAGUUUAAUGAUCAAAGAAUUUUGGGUGAGCUGUUGGAAUAUUUCAACAUUAGCUAUGUCCGUCCAAAUACAAUUCAUGGGCUGCUUCAAGAUCUAGGCAAAGAAUUAGAAAAAAAAACCUUUCUUCUCAUUCUUGAUGAUGCUCAGGAAAAAGAUGCUAUCAAGUGGAAUGAUUUUCUCUGUAAUUUGUCAGAAGUUGUGAAAACCGAUGGGAACUCUAUUGUCCUAACAACUCGUAGUGAAGGUGUAGCAGCUAUGGUGGAGAAACUUCCUAUGUAUAGGUAUGACAUGCAGAGGCUAUCAGAUGGUGAGUGUUGGAUGAUAAUUAAGAAGCUAGUUCUCCGUUUACCUUCAAAUCCCGAUUUGCACUACAUUGCAGGAGAAAGUGGUGGCUUGCCUUUAGUUGCGACUGCCAUAGGGGAAGCAAUGAACAGUAUUAAGGAAGAUGAAUGGUUGGCUAUAACAAGAUAUGUAGACUGGAAGUUAGAAAAUAGUAAUUCAAUUCUGUCUGUGUUAAAACAGAGCUUCUUUGAUUGUAUGCCAUUAAGGUUGAAAAAAUCAAUUCUGUCUGUGUUAAAACAGAGCUUCUUUGAUUGUAUGCCAUUAAGGUUGAAAAAAUGCUUUUCUUAUUGUUCAAUUUUUCCGAUAGGUUCUGAAAUUAGAAAAGAUGAUUUAAUUCAACUAUGGAUGGCGGGAGGAUUUCUUCAACAAUCUAAUGAAAGCUCUAUGACAAUGGAGGAUAUUGGAAACAAGUACUUAAAUGAGUUGGUGUCCAAUUCCUUAUUCCCCUGUGAGAAAAGGGAUGCCUGUGGGAAUGUUGAAUCUUACAAAAUGCUUUAUUUAGUGCAUCAGCUUGCUCUCUCUGUUUCGACAGGUGAAACUUCUAUUUGGAAAGGUGAAACUUCUAUUUGGAAAGAUGAAACUUCUAUUUGGGAGACUAAGUCCGAUAUUAUCUAUUCUAAUGUUCGAAAUGAGAGAAUCCAUAGUUGUCGUUUUGGUGUGCUUGGACCCCUUCCUCAGAGGUUGCAUUCUUUGUUCUUCGAUGAUUGUUAUCUGGAGUCAGAUCUCUUAAUAGUGGACUCAGAUUUCUUAAUAGUGGAGUCAGAUCUCAAAAGCUUGCGAUCUCUCAAAUUCAAGGGAUGUCAAAUACAAAAAUGGCCAAUUUCUCUUGAUAAAUCAAGGCAUUUAAGAUACUUUGAAAUCGCAGAAAGCAGCAUUCAUGCAUUACCAGAAUCUUUAUCCAAGCUCUACAUGUUGCAGACUUUAAAAGUUAUGCAAUGCAAAUAUCUUGAUAAGCUUCCCGAUGAUAUAAACAAAUUAGAUAGCUUGAGGCAUCUUUGUCUUGAUAAAAAGAGCCUUAUGCCGGAGGGGAUUAGGCACUUAACUUCCCUUCAAACUUUACCAAUAUUUUUUGUGAGAACAAAGAAGGGAUUCACAAUUGAAGAACUUGGAUGCUUAAGCCAACUCAGAGGGAAAAUGGAGAUUCAGAAUCUUGAUUGUGUAACUUCUAAAUCAGAAGCUAUUAGAGCAAGACUAAAUGAAAAGACAGAAUUACACGAGUUGGUACUUGUAUGGAACCCAUGUAUGGAAUUCAACCAGCAUGAUGAAUCCCAGCAUGAGGAGGUACUAGAGGGUCUUCAAUCCCAGCAUGAGGAGGUACUAGAGGGUCUUCAACCUCACUCAAAUUUGAAGAGUUUAAGUAUUAUUAAUUACCAUGGAUCUAGCUGCCCGUCUUGGAUAGAUGGGCUCUCAUCUCUUCAGCAGUUGAAACUUGAAUCGUGCAUUGAGUUAAUUUCUAUUCCAGAAGAUUUCAGGAAAUUGCAUUCUCUUAGUGUUCUUGAUAUUACUCAUUGUUCUAAACUAAGGAGCAUUCCAGGAGAGUGGCUGGCUAGCCUCACCUGCUUGAAAGAGUUAAGGAUGGGUCCUUUCUCGGAGGGGUUGUUUGAAUUUCCAGGACUUGCUGGGAUCCAUUACCUCCAUGCAUCCCUUGAAUCUUUGACAUUGAAUGGAUGGAAUGAGCUUCGGUGUCUGCCACCUCAGGUGCAACAUCUCACUGCCCUCAAAGAAUUGGUGAUAAGGGAUUUCAGUGAUUUGGAAGUUCUACCAGAGUGGUUGGGUGCCCUCUCUUCUCUUCGGGAGCUGAAUAUUAUCAGCUGUGAUAGAUUGCGUCUGCCUUCCGUUGUAGCCAUGCGACGCCUCUCCAACCUGCAAUCUCUUAUUAUUGAAGACGUGGAGCUUUGCCCCGAGUGGGAAAAGAUUUCGCACAUUCUUAAUAUCAGAAUAGAUGGGCGGACUGUCCAAUCUCAACAACAAUUCGAUUUGUUCAGACACAGCAGAGGAUAUGUUUGAUUCUGGAACAGUAGGGGGAUAUGUUUGAUUCUGAUUAUGGGUCUGAUUUACCGAUUAAUAUAUAAUUCUGCGGCAACGAAAGACCUUGUUGGAAGGCAUCUGACCCAACGGAAGCUAGCACAUAAGAGACCCUAUUGAAAUCAAAAACCCAUAACAAUUAUCAACUGAUGCAUAAGAAAGAGAAAACAGAGUGGUGCAUAGCCACACCGCCAUGGAAGCCUAGCAUGCAUGUUGACCAAAAUCUUUCACCAUAAAGUGGGAUCUCAUCUUCCAGGAAGGCUUGUAGGAUUGUGAAAGGGAUCAAAUUAUGUCUGCACUUUUCUAUUCUGCUGAAUGCUUUGUGAUGGAUCUGGAAGCCUUACAACUCCUGGACAUAUGAAGAACAUGCUUUCCACUAAAUGGCUGUCAUAAAAAUGGUUACAUGUCAGGGCCUCUUGUCAUUGUUCUGAAGUACAUGCACUUUGCUGAGGUUGAAGAGCUCGUAGUAAACCAGAAUAGAGAAUUUAACAUUUCUCAAAAUGGAGAACUAUUUUGUAUGACGCUAUUGUUCCACAGUACUCAUGCAUAUACCAGUACCAUAUACACGAGUUCUAUACCUGAUGAGCGGAAAAAACAUUAACUUUUACUUGCGAAGAACCAACAGAUCAGCCAUUCCAUUUAUUCUCAACGCUCUUGCUGCUCUAAGGUAAAAGAGUUCUUACAAGGGCCAAAAAACCACAAAAAUGGUAUGGAUUUCAAACUGUUUUAAACAGUGCACAAUUUGGGGAAGGGGGACUGAGAUUUUUCAAGACAUUGGUGGGGUUCAAAACCCUGACCAACAAACCCAAGCACUUAAAGGCUUGGGGGUGAACCACUAUGACCUGAAGGCCAG